AUGCGUUUUUUGCUGUUCUCUUCCACACCUGAAGUUCAUAGAAUUCAGGCUGGAGUCUUUUCUGUCCCGGUCUCUCCCCAAUUACACUCUCCAACACUAACACUUGCAUGCUUCAACGGGGCCGUCCCUCCGUCAACCAUUCCCCUGACCUCCGACUGGAAGCAGCAUUCGACACAGCCUUCCAGCGGACAUGUGACCUUGCCCAGUGAAGAGGACUCUGAGGGUAUCUUGACCUCUGACUGCGCGAAAGUGCAUCACGUCUUUGGGGAGGUGAAGGAUGGGCUAUCUGAGACCCGGCGUGGCCUCGCCCCAGAGGAGUAG